AUGGCAACCAGUCCCAGGACCUUGGAUGAUCUACCUGUCGAGCUGCUCUAUGAGAUAUAUGUUUAUGCCGCCGACGAGAAUCUGCCUCUGACGUCUCGUCAUCUACUCGCUGUGUUCCGGGGCGCACCGACGCAUGUGCACGCAGAAUAUAUAAUCAAUCGGCACACGAGAGCACAAGCAAAGUCCAGGACCACACUUGUCACACGCGCCCUACGCUACCCGAUAUGCAACGAAGGCGUACUCGAAGCACUGCUGCGGCAUCCAGACCGACCCUCUGUCGGUGACGAGCGGCCCACCCUCCCGCGGCGCCUAUUCAGCGCGCUCAACGACAGUCGUCCCGGCGGCUGGCGUGAUCGCCACGAACCGCUGCCGUUCUUGCGAUACCUCUACUCCCACCCGCGAAUACCACCGCCAGAUCCUGAUUCGCACGAAGGCUACCCGCUCGCUCGCGCCGUAAAGGCAGAUUUCCGGCCACUCAUCGAGUUUCUACUGGCGCAAGGCGCGUCACCGAAGUUCAAGGACGGACUGUCGAUCAAACUUGCCAUCCAGAGGCAUGACCUCUCUCUCGUCAAGUUGCUCGUUGAGCCCAGCGAAACUGGCGUGGCGGGCGUGAAGACCGGUGGGAAGCGACGUCGAGUGUCGGAUCGCAUGGUGCUCGGUCCGGCGCACCUCCGUGUCGCGGUGCAGGCUCAAGCGGACGACAUCGUCGAUUGGCUUGUGCGGGAGAAGCGCUGCGUACCAGAUAUACGAACGUUGCACUCCCUGGGCCUGAGGAAAUGA